ACGAAGAAGAUCUUGAGGAGGAAGACUUGGAUGAAGAAGAUUGUUUAACUUCUGAGGAUGAAGAGAUGUAUUAUUAUGAUGGCGAUCACGAAAGAAAAGAUUACCACAUUGAUGAUGAAGGGGAUUUCUCCAUGAAUUAUGGGUAUAUGAAAAAAUGGCUGCACAUGGAGGACGAUGAGUUACUUCUCCCAUAUGGAGAAAGUGAUCAAGAACAGAACUAUAUAUCAAGUGAUCUUGAAGAGGAUAUGAGAAAGGAGGAGGAGGAAUGUUUAAGAAAAGGGAAACCUUCCCUCUUUAUCGACGUUGAUAGUAUUGAGCAUAACGAUUGUACCCAAAGAAUAAUUGAUCAGUAUAUUGAAAUGGUGUAUGAAAACUGGAAAUCAGAAAAGCUCCCUAAGCUCGAGGAAAAGAAGUGGAAACAUUGGGUCAAAUUGUUGCCACCAAGAAAGCAU